CAGGAGCUGUGAGCACAGCUAAGUGAGUGCCACUCCUAUGCAGGGCAUGUGCUGGCCCCCGCCUCUCCCUCCCUCUGUCCCUCUCCCCUCCCUGCAGGAAGUGUUGUGCAGGAAUGAAGCUGGGCAGCCUGCACUGGAGCUGAAAACUUUCUGGAAGGGGGAGAGAAAAGAAACAAAUAAGAAAGUAGGGAGAGGACACAGAGCAAAAAAGACUGGCAAAGUGGAGGCUGGCAAGUAUGGCAACCAGUGGGCACUGAAAGAAUGGAUCAGAAGCCAUGGAUCUGGGUCCUGUGUGCCCUGCUUCUGCAGGGGGGUCUCUGCACAGAAGUGUGCACUGGGACAGACAUGAAGCUACUUCAUCCUUUCAGUCAGAGAAAUCAUUAUGAGACACUUCGCGCUAUCUAUCAAGGCUGCCAAGUCAUUCAGGGAAACCUGGAAAUCACUUACCUUCUAGAGGACGACGAUGUCUCUUUUCUGAAGGAUAUUAAGGAGGUGCAAGGCUAUGUUCUAAUAGCCAACAACCUGCUAAGCUAUUUACCGCUGGAGAAGUUGCGCAUUAUACGUGGGACGCAGCUAUAUCAGGAACGUUAUGCAUUGGCUGUAAUUUCUAACUCUGACCCUGGAGGAAUGACUGGCUUACGGGAACUGCGCAUGAAGAGCCUGACAGAAAUCUUGAAAGGAGGAGUUAUCGUGGCAAAUAACAGCCAGCUGUGCUUUCAUCAGUCCCUUGUUUGGAAGGACAUCCUGAGCCAGUCUAACAACAUGCGAGAUAUUGUGGAACUGAGUAGCGGGAGUCGGCAGUGUCCUCCUUGCACCACUGCAUGUGGUUCUUUGCCCUCAGGGAUAUCUGGUGCAUGUUGGGGAGAAGAUGUGGAAUAUUGUCAGAUUUUGACAAGCACUAUCUGUGACAGCGGCUGUCUCCGGUGUAAAGGCAAUCACUCCACCCAUUGCUGUCACGAGCAGUGUGCAGCUGGCUGUACAGGACCCAAGAACUCUGACUGUUUGGCAUGUCGUCACUUUAAUCACAGUGGGAUGUGUGAGCAGCACUGUCCACCCCUUACAAUCUAUAACCAAGAAAUAUUUGAGUCUGUUUUCAACAAGGACGGCCGGUACACCUUUGGAGCGAGCUGUGUUACAUCAUGUCCAUAUAACUACCUUUCAACUGAUGAUGGCUCGUGCACGCUUGUGUGCCCUCCAAAUAACCAGGAGGUUACAGUGGCAGGCGUGCAAAAGUGUGAGAAAUGCAACAAGGUGUGCAGUAAAGUGUGUUAUGGGCUUGGAAUGGACUUUCUGAAGACGACACAAGCUGUUAAUUCCAGCAACAUAAUGUAUUUUAAAGGGUGCACCAAAAUAUUUGGCAGCCUGGCAUUCCUUCCUGAGUCCUUCCAGCGGGAUAAUCACAGCAUUGCUCUGACCCCAGAAAGCUUGGAAGUCUUUAGGACCCUUGAGGAUAUAACAGGAUAUCUUCACAUUGAAUCCUGGCCGGAGGAGUUAAGAAAUCUGAAUGUGUUUGAGAACUUGCGCAUUGUCCGAGGGAGGGUACUUCAAAAUGGAGUUUAUUCUCUGGUUCUACGCAACAUUUCCAUUUCAUCUCUCAACCUGCGCUCCCUGAUGGAAAUCAGCAGUGGCUUGGUGAUCAUACAAGGGAAUCCUAACCUCUGCUUCCUGGAGAGUGUCCAAUGGACAAACUUAUUCAGGAACAAGAGACAGACCAUUAUCCAGACAGCCAACAAACCUCUUGAUCAAUGCGAAAAUGACGGGCAAGUGUGUUUUAAUCUCUGUGAUGAUGGCAAGUGCUGGGGUCCUGGGCCCUCACAAUGUGUCCAAUGUAACGGCUUCUUGCGGGGACAUGAUUGUGUGGAGUCCUGCAAUGUCUUAGAAGGGGAACCAAGAGAGCAUGUUAAUGGGACUCAAUGCAUAACCUGUAACCCCCAGUGCCUCCUGCAGAAUGCAACCGAGACAUGCUCUGGCCCUGAUGCCAAUCAGUGUGUGGCAUGUGCACAUUACAAAAAUGGAGAGGACUGCGUUGAGCAAUGCCCAAAAGGGAUCAAGGUGGAUUUCAUUGUUACUAUUUGGAAGUACCCAGACGCUGACGGCAUUUGCCAGCUGUGUCCUGUUAACUGCUCCCAAUCGUGUGAAAUGAUGGAUGACAUUGGAUGUCCUGUUCUGCAGAAGCAAAGUAACAGUCUCAUGAUUUUGUCAACUGUUGGUGGAAGUUUCAUCAUUUUAAUUUUUACAUUGGUCUGUUGUGUGGUGUAUAAGCGCCGUAAACGACUGAAAAAGAAGCACACUAUGAAGCGCCUCUUGCAGGAGAAUGAGCUCGUGGAACCGCUUACUCCCAGUGGAGCCAUCCCUAACCAGGCCCAGAUGAGAAUCCUCAAAGAAACAGAACUUAAGAAAAUGAUGAUUUUAGGAUCUGGUGCAUUCGGCACUGUCUAUAAGGGCAUUUGGAUCCCAGAUGGAGAGAAUGUCAAAAUCCCUGUGGCUAUCAAGGUCUUGCGGGAGAACACAUCACCCAAGGCCAACAAGGAGAUCUUAGAUGAAGCAUAUGUUAUGGCCGGCGUGGGCAGCCCUUAUGUAUGUCGUUUGCUUGGGAUCUGCCUAACAUCUACUGUACAGCUGGUCACCCAGCUUAUGCCAUAUGGCUGCUUACUAGAAUAUGUGCGGGAGAACAAAGACCGUAUUGGAUCCAGAGACUUACUCAACUGGUGUGUGCAGAUUGCCAAGGGCAUGACGUACUUAGAGGAGGUACGGUUGGUGCACAGAGAUCUGGCAGCACGGAAUGUUUUGGUGAAGCACCCAUCACAUGUUAAGAUUACAGACUUUGGCUUAGCCAGAUUGCUGGAUGUAGAUGAAACGGAGUACCAUGCUGAUGGAGGAAAGGUACCUAUCAAGUGGAUGGCCUUAGAAUCUAUUCUGCACAGAAAGUUUACUCACCAGAGUGACGUCUGGAGUUACGGUGUCACAGUUUGGGAACUCAUGACUUUUGGGGCAAAACCUUAUGAUGGGAUUCCAGCAAGGGAGAUCCCAGAUCUUCUGGAGAAAGGAGAGAGACUACCGCAGCCCCCAAUAUGUACUAUAGAUGUGUAUAUGAUCAUGGUGAAAUGUUGGAUGAUUGAUUCAGAGUGUCGGCCUAAGUUUCGUGAGUUGAUCAAUGAGUUCUCCCGUAUGGCUCGUGAUCCCACACGUUUUGUGGUCAUUGAGAAUGAAGAGUUCAUGGCACAAGCUAGUCCCUUAACUAGCCAGUUUUAUAGUACUCUUCUGCAAGAAGUUGGAAUGGAUAACCUGGUGGAUGCUGAGGAGUAUUUGGUCCCUCAUCAGGGUUUCUUUGGUUCGGAGGACACAACAGCAGCACAUCGCAGCCGUAUCUCAUCCACACGGAGUACAGCUGAAACACAGAUAGACCAAGCAUUGCUGGAGGAGGCAGCUUCAUCAGGACCUUUGCUGGCUCGUACCUUUUCUCAGAAAUCAGGGAGCAGUGGCUCAGAUGUGUUCAGUGAGGGGGAAUAUGUGUGUGAGCCUUCCCUCCCAAGGGAAAACAGCCUCCUGCAGAGGUACAGUGAAGAUCCCACACACCUUGGUGGAGACGAGAUGGAUGGAAUAUUGCUAGAAACAGAUGGUGCAAUCUUCUCAGGACAGACUGUACACCCCCCAGAAUAUGUGAACCAAAGUAAGCGUGACAGAAGCCGUUCAGCUGUAAAGUCACCCAGAACAUCAGUGUCCACAUUAGAAAGACAAAAAGCUCAACUGGACAGGAACGGACUUGUUAAAGAGUUGAGGAGUCCUCCAGUAAUCUCUGCCUUGAACAAUCCUGACUACUUGCCCCCACCUGGACUGCAACUGCCAAACUGUUUUCCCCAAGCCUUUGACAAUCCUUAUUACUGGAAUCAUGAACUUAAUGCUUCAAGGUGUGAGCAAGAAUCACACUCAGCAGCUAAUGGUUUCACUACUCCAACAGCAGAGAACCCUGAGUACUUAGGGCUAGAUGAAGCACCAAUCAGACCCCGUGACGUGACAGCAUGAAGUAGUGAACACAUUAUCAAUAUUGCCCAUGGUUUAAGUGGGGACCCUCAAAAAAGGGAGACUGUAAAGCAUUUGUCCCCAAACCACUAAACAUGCCUGUGGAAAGCAUGGCUAUCUAUUGACUUUCUGUUGGACUUUAAUGGCAAUCAGUGAUACUGAUUGAACUUUGAACUGCUGAAAGCAUAAUAAUGUCUGAAUUCAGAGACUGGAUAUUUCCUACACAAGGACUCUAAUUUUGGACAAUUCUCAUUUAUGUUUUCCCUAAGUAAUACUAUUUAAGAUCAUUGUUUAACAAUUUGAGAUCAAGACUGCUCCCAUAAACCUGGCAGAUAAUUAACUGGUUAAUUGUACAGAAUAUUUCAAAGUCAAAUUAGGUUUUGUAUAAAGUGUUAUGUAUAUUUGUGGUUUUAUAUUCUGAAUAUUUUUUGUGAUUUUAUAAAAUUUAUUCCCCUUUUUCUGACAGCACAAAUUACAUUUCCCAUCAUAGUUGUGUCUCGUUUCAAAAGGGAUUCUGUAUGUAUUUUUACUUUAUUUUAAUAUCACUAAAACAAAUAUAUAACAAGACAGGUUUUCUCUUAAAAUGAAAUUCAUUUUCUGCCUCCUUCAGAUGUUUCUCACGUCUAGAGCUCCAUCUCUCAUUCUACUCUGUAUAUAGCUCUCUAAUGGUCUUGUUCAUCUCAAAUAUUAAAGUGCCUUAUUUUCAGUACUUUCUGAUGAACAAGUAGAAAAAUGAAGACAUUUUUGCUUAAAUUAAAAAAAAAGGUAAAUGUGACUUUAAAAACUUGAUUUGUAUAUGCAGAGCUAUUAACUACCUAUUUGAGACAUACAAAUGUCUAAGGGGCAUAUUUAUCAAGCUCUGAAUGGAGCUUGAUGCCCCGUGUUUCUGGCAAGCCUGCAGAAACAGCAGUUAUGAAUCAGCGGUCACAAAGACCGCUGCUCCAUAAUCUGUCCGCCUGCUCUGAGCAGGUGGACAGACAUCGCCGGAAAUCAACCCGAUCGAGUACGAUCGGGUUGAUUGACACCCCCCUGCUGGCGGCCCAUUGGCCGUGAGUCAGCAGGGGGUGGCGUUGCAAAGCAGCUCUUGUGAGCUGCUGGUGCAAUGCUGAAUACAGCGAGCGUAUUGCUCGCCGUAUUCAGCGAGGUCUGGCGGACCGGAUCCUCAGUGUCGGAUCAGGUCCGCCAGACCUUGAUAACUUGGGGUCAAUGUCUGAGAAAAGGAUUGUGAAAUUAAACAACCGUCAGUAAUGCACAUUGUCAGUACACACAUCUCUUGCUAUUAUUUUAACCAUAAACUUUAUCUUGAAAGUAAAUAAAUGCUAAGUCUUCAGGGGGUUAACUCUGAAGAUUGGAGAUUAGUCUCUUCACUGUUCCUACAGAUUACACAUUACUGGCUUGGUACACAGCUAGGUGCAUAUCAGGACAGUUAUGUUAUUUUCAGCAGUGACCAAUAAAGAUCCCUGUUUUUAUAUUUUCAA